AUAUGCCCAAUUCAAUUUCAAAUACCACUUAUUCAUGUGUACAAAAACUCCAACUUAUUCAACCAAUCAACUUCAUCUCACUCCCCUUUUUGUAACAACUUCUCAUUUUUCUUCUUUGCUUAAGUCUUAUAUUUUUUCACUCUUCCACAACACAGUUACUUCUGUGAUACUUAACUUCAGUUCUCUGCUACCAACAUUGAAUAUCUUCAAAAAGUGUUCUAUCAAAAUCAUUUAAUCAGUCAUGGAAGGAAAAACCAACAAGAACAAAGUUGAGAAAGUUGAAUUAGGCUGUAAUUUCAUGGGAAAAAUCUUCAAACUCAAAAACAACAAGCUAAGAAAUUCAUCAGUUCAUUCACUACCCAUAAAGAAUACUAACAACACACAUCAAAACGAAUCAAAAGGGUCACCAAAUCAUGACUCAAAAGUUCCAACAAGAAAAAGUAUCUCAAGAACUUCAAUUCAAUUACAACAGAACCAAAACACCAUCGACGAAACCAAGCAACAUAAAGAGCCUAAUGGAAAUUCCUUAGCACUUGCAAGGAUAAGUACUAGUACUCCUCACCGCGACAACAAUGAAAACAAAUCUCCAAGCAAAGAUUUUAGCCCAUUAAGACUCACUGGAAACUUGCUUGUGAAUAAUAGCUAUAACAGUCCAAGAACAAGUGUUACCAAGAAUAACAAAGAAUUGAAUUCUGUUUCAUAUUCUGUGAACAAUGGUGUAAUGGGGAAUAUUAUGAGGAAAAGUGGUGAUGGGGUGGCACAAUUUCGAAGUCCUAAGAGCAACAGAGUUAACCCUGAAGAGUUGAAGUCAAUGGGAAAUGAAGCUUACAAACAAGGAAGAUUUUCAGAAGCUUUGGUUUUGUAUGAAAAGGCUAUUGCUAUUGAUUCCAAUAAGGCAACUUAUCAUUGCAAUAAAAGUGCUGCUUUGAUUGGUUUAGGAAGGUUUCAGCAUGCAAUUGUUGAGUGUGAGGAAGCUAUUAAGAUUCAACCUUCCUAUGCUAGAGCUCAUAGCCGUUUGGCAACAAUAUAUUUUAGGUUGGGAGAAGCAGAAAAGGCAUUGAAUUGCAAUAAAGAAACUCCAUAUUUUGAUUCAGAACUUGCUUUACAAGCUCAAGCUCUUCAAAUUCACCUUAACAGAUGCAGUGAAGCAAGGAAAGUCAAUGAUUGGAAAAUUAUAUUGAAGGAAACACAGUCUGCAAUUUCCUUAGGUGCAGAUUCAUCUCCAAAGGUCUAUGCUUUACAAACUGAAGCCUUGUUGAAGCUUUUAAGGCAUCAAGAAGCAUAUGCCACCUAUGAGAAAAUUCCAAAAUUUGACCUUGAUUGGUGUAAGAAAUUAUUUGGACCAGCUUCUAGUGCUUACAUUCUGAUGAUAGGAGCACAAGUUUACUCGGCAGCCGGCAGGUUUGAGGAUGCUGUGACAGCAUCACAACAAGCAGCUAAACUUGAUCCAAGAAACAGCGAGGUGAAUGCAGUGGUAAGAAGAGCAAGAGCCGUGACAUCUGCAAGAUUGAGUGGUAACUUGCUCUUCAAGGCAUCAAAAUUCAUCGAAGCAUGUGCGGUAUACAACGAAGGACUAGAGCAUGAUGCAUACAACUCAGUUCUGCUAUGUAACAGGGCAGCGUGUCGUUCUAAAUUAGGCCAAUUCGAGAAAGCAAUUGAAGAUUGCAAUGUAGCUCUUAUAGUUCAGCCUAGUUAUAGCAAGGCAAUGUUGCGCCGGGCUGAUUGUAAUGCCAAGUUGGAAAGAUGGGAAGCUGCAAUUCAAGACUAUGAAAUGUUGAUAAGAGAAAAGCCAGGGGAUGAGGAGGUGGCUAGGGCUUUGUUUGAGAUCCAGUUAAAACUCAAGAUGUUACGCGGCGAAGAUAUUAAGGACUUGAAAUUUGGUUCAAAUUUGGUUUGCAUCUCAAGCAAUGAUAGGUUUAGACAUUAUGUAACCUCACCUGGUAUGUCUGUGGUGCUUUUUUGCAAUAAGGCAACUCAUAAGCAGGUUUUGUUGGUGUUGGAGCAAACCUGCAAGAGAUUCCCAUCAGUUAAUUUCCUUAAGGUUGAGAUUGAAGACCAUCCUUACAUGGCAAAAUCAGAAGGUGUGAACUCUGUGCCAGCCUUCAAAAUAUACAAGAACGGAUCAAGGGUUAAAGAAAUUCCUGGCAACAACCAUGAAAUGCUAGAAAGAUCAGUUAAAUUAUUUAGCAGCUGAAGAUAAAUUACAUUUAUUUAAAUGACAAUAUACUCUACAAGAAAUGAGAAAGAAUGUUAGAUUUUUCAGAAUGAAAAGAAACAAAAAAUAAACAAAGCCAAUCAUAUAUGCUUCAUGAAUUUGGUGACCAUGCUUAUAAGUUACAACAAGACAAAGGAAACCAAAGAGGAAGCAUAGCAUUGUUGUAGCUUUUAGGAAAAUUUAUAGGAAAAGGGAAUUUUUUGUGUUAAAAUUUGAUUCUUUUAAUCCUUUGCAUAAUAUGAUUCAUGCAAUACAUAUUGGUUUGGGAAACCUAAAUAGUUUUUAUUUUUAUAAGUUAUGUAUUAUUUACAGGAGUGGUUUUUAAUUUUAAAAUAUAAAUGUAAUCAAAGGAACAUAAGUGCUGUAAAUUACAGAAUCUUAAUUUGUGGAAUAUGUGAACUUUUGUUUUGGCCUUA